AUGACGGAAACUGUGGAUCUCCCGGCGCCGGUCGUAGAGGUGACGACUGAAGGCUGCGAAGUCCAUUCGCCGUCAAGUCAUAGAACGGCCAGCACGCCGGCGUCCGAGCUGUCGUCUAUCGAAGCUGUGAAGGGAUUUAAGAUUGCAAAUCUCGGCGUGUCAAAAGAAAAUGCUCGGGCCAAGGCUGCUACGUUGUCACUGGUGGAACAGAUCUCGCUGUUGAGAGCCGCAGAUCACUGGAGGACUGUUGCAAUCCCUAACAAGGGCAUUGCCAAUAUCAAGACUAGUGACGGACCAAACGGAGCCUGCGGGGCAGUCUUCAAGGCCGGCACAAGAGCUGCACUGUUUCCCUGUGGUGUCUCCCUGGCAGCGACUUGGGACACAAAGUUACUCUAUGAGGUUGGGCAGCACCUAGGAGAGGAAACCAAGGCUCGCUCUGCACACGUCCUCCUCGCGCCAACAGUAUGCCUGCACAGAGGCCCUUUCGGCGGCCGUAAUUUUGAAUCAUUCUCAGAAGACCCUCUUCUGACGGGGAAACUCGCGGCAUCUUAUAUUAAUGGGCUUCAGCAAAAGGGAAUCCCCUAUGGAGCAUUCAAAGAGAGUCGAGCCCUUACUGGCGAAGGAGGUGUUACCAUUGAGUUCUACACCGGCGACAAAUUUGAGGGGGAGCCAAACGGUUGUCCAAACAAGAACAAGCACGGCUCUUAUGCUGUGGGACUCUGCGCCUACGGAGGUCGGGAAUGUCUGGUCUGCCUAUGUCAGGGCAAAGCUUACGCCCAAGACACUGGGAAGCACAAGUUCAGUUUCUUCAGCGUUGGCCCCGGACGUCUGUACAUUGACGAAGAUGUCGUCGUUAAGAUUGAACUUGAGACAGGCCGCACGUACGAGCUGAUGUGGGAACUCACCAACGAGAUCCGCCCCUUGUUGAAUCAGAUGGCCAUCGGCUGCACACAUGGCCCUGGAGGUGUCGACGGCGCGGAAGUCGUACAGGGCAACGUCCACGACGUUAAGUCGCGACUGGUGCGUCCGGAGAAGGAGCUGGCUGUGUUCGACAAGGUCUUCCUGGAGGCAGGUGAGACGAAGGAUGUCGUUCUCACGCUGGAUAAGCUCUCGGUUGGAUAUUACGAUACACGCCUCAAGGCCUGGAUUGCUGAGGAGGGCGAGUUCAAGAUUCUGGUUGGCUCGACAUCCGCAGAUAUACGACAAUCGGCUACAUUCGACGUGGCUGAAUCGUUUACUUGGAUCUUCUAA